UUUGAAUGUAUUCACCUUUGACUUAAUGGAUUUCGGCCAAAGAAUUUGAUUUAAAACUACCAAACGCUGUAACAUUCUGUUGGACUGUCACUUAAGUUAAACGGCAGCGACGAAGAAGUUUGAUGAAUUGUAGAAACUCCGUCUCUGUCCACCUGUUUGCAGGAGGAGCUGGAGGAACUGUUGCUGCAGUUGUAACAUGUCCACUAGAAGUUGUGAAAACUAGGCUUCAGGCAUCCUCACAAGUUUUUCAACCAGUCAGGGUUGCUUCAACUCUUAUGAGUGCAAAUGUAGCAACUUUGCAUUCAUCCUAUCAUGCUCCUGUUAUAACGUCAAGGCCAUCUGGUAUUUUAGCAUGCCUAAGGCACAUGAUUCACACAGAGGGUAUUCGUUCCCUGUACAAAGGCCUUGGCCCAAACCUGAUUGGUGUUGCACCUGCAAGGGCAGUAUAUUUUGCAGUGUAUGCAAAAACAAAAAAGGCAUUAUCCAAAGGAUACCUUGGGCCUGACAGCAAAUUUACGCACAUUUUCUCUGGAGCUGCUGCAGGUUUUGUGACUCACACUUUUACUGCCCCCAUAUGGUUUGUUAAAACAAGGCUCCAGCUUGAUGCAAAAAAUGAAAAGAUGAAUAUGUGGCGAUGCAUUUCUAAUGUUUACAAGCAAUACGGCUUAAGAGGAUUUUAUCGUGGUCUUUCUGCGUCUUACUUCGGGAUUUCAGAGACAGUAAUCCAUUUUGUGAUAUACGAGCAUGUGAAGAAAAAGCUGCGCAUCUACCAUCAUCAUGCAGGACUAGAAGGAAAUAAACUUGUUAGUCAGAAUAUAUUUACGGACUUUAUGAUUGCAGCAGGCUUUUCCAAGACUAUCGCUUCCAUUCUCGCAUAUCCACACGAAGUUGUUCGGACUCGGCUUAGACAGGAAGAGGUUAAUGGUCAAAGAAAGUACAAAUCGUUUUUCCAGACACUGUUUCUAAUAUUUCGCGAAGAGGGUCGCAAGGGCCUUUACGCUGGCCUAGGGACACAGUUAGUGAGACAGGUACCAAACAGUUCAAUAAUGUUCAUGACGUACGAAACAAUGAUUAGUCUUCUGUGUACUGAUGAUGAUGAAAAUGGCCUUUAACGCAAUGCUGGUUCGCCAAAGGUGCAUUUUACCUGCCAUGUCGUAGUGUUUAUAGGAAUACAACAUCAAUUAUGAUACUUUAUAUUAUGAAAAUUGAUAAGUAUAUUUUUAUCCAUUGUGUUAAAUUGAAAUUCACCACACUGAGUUGGUAGUGGAACUGUUUUUGUAUGCCAGAUUCUCACCCUGCCAUGGCAUCGUUACAAAGUAUCCCCUGUUGUCCUUAGGUUAUUUUACAGGUGACCCCGUAACAACCCUCCUUUCUUCGAAACCUUUUAGAUUUUGAAGUUUAGAUACGUUUCCCUGUUGGAAUUAAGCAAGCAAAACACAUGAAUAUCUUCAUAUAGAAAUAAAUUAAAAUGCCAACGAUAUAAGGGAAUGUACCACAAUCUUCUCCCGUUUAAACUUUUGGUGCUUUCUUUUGCUCUUUUCCCUUAUUAAUACCCCUUAUUACUUUCCAAAACCUUGUCACUGCCGGUAAUAUUUUCAUUUGCUCGCGGUAAUGAUCUAAGACAUGGUCAUGUAGUUUUCAAUUAGGUCUUUUUGUUGGACUAGCUUAAGAGAAUUGUCACUGCUCAUUAAUGUUCAGUUGUUGUGUAGAUCUUAAUUUCUUCCUUCUUCGAUUGUAUUUGUGUAGAUCUUAAAGUAUUUGAAUCAGGUUUCAAAUCUAUGCAAUACACCGCCCACCUGAAAAUUAAAGAUGUGCAACAGUUUUUUAAUUUCAUAUGUAAAGUUAUUUCACUUCAGUAUUUGUAACACUAGACAAAAUAUGACUCCUUGGUAGUCAAAGUAAAAAGAGUCCUUGGUAGGGUUUUUAAUCUAAACUUGGCUCAAACUAUUUCAAUACUUACAGUAGCUUUUUUAGCUGUCCUUCAAUUUAAAAAUGCUACUGUUUCACGUGAUAAAUUUUUGCAAGUAAACCCCUAAUAGCCAAAAAUUCUUGUUGGAGAAACUUCAUAUUUGAAUGUUCCACUGGUGCUGCCUUCACUAGUGAAAACUUGACCAGGAAAUGGAUUGGUUUGAGGGACCUGGUCAGUAGAGAGAGGAUGUUAAUAGCAGGCUCCGAUUUUCGACGUUUUCAACUCGUUUUCUGUGUUGUAUUCGUUAUUUUGCGCUUAAUACAACUUCAGUAAGAACAUGGAAUAUGUUGCGUCUAAGUUUAGUUCUGUAACUAACAACUCACGGCUGUCCGAACUGAUGUUAUCGUAGUAAAACGCAUUUUUUGUAGCUCGUACGUGUUUGUGCCCGAAAUGGGGUGUUUGAUUGUUGUAUGAUUGCUGCUCAACCACUGUGAAUGUAUGGUAAUAAGAUUCCAAAUCGACCACAAGAA